GGUCUGUUGUCUCAUGGGUGGGUGAUUGAUAGGAUAGAACAGGAAACACCUUAAGGCAACCCCGUCGUCGUCCAAUUACUGUUGCCGCUGCUGCUUUUGACGGCCUCUCCCUUCCAUUUUCAGAAUCUCAACAAAACCCAGGCGUGGCGUGUGCCGUGUGGCCAUCUACUCUAGACUUGGCUCAGCAUAUGUCUAAAAUGAGAUAGAAAACCAAAUCAAACCCACAAAUCUUCCCGGCAAGGAAAGCACAAAACAUUUUGGAUUUCUCUUCCAGCAAUUCUCUCUCUCUCUCUCUCUCUCUCUCUCCAAUGGGGAAGAGGAGAGAUGAAGAGGAGGGGGGCGUGUUGUGGGAUGGGGUAAUAGAGGGGAUGCCUCUGUUUGUGAAGGAAUUGAUUGCAGGAGGAGUGGCCGGUGGCUUUGCAAAGACGGUGGUGGCGCCCCUUGAGCGUGUCAAGAUCUUGUUUCAGACCAGAAGAUCAGAGUUUCAGAGUGUAGGGUUGUUGGGAUCUUUUCAUAAGAUCAUGAGAACAGAAGGGGCCCUGGGCUUUUACAGAGGGAAUGGAGCCAGUGUUGCUCGAAUUGUUCCUUAUGCAGCGUUGCAUUAUAUGGCUUAUGAGCAGUACCGUCGAUGGGUUAUACAAACUUUCCCUGGUGUUGGAAGGGGCCCAGUUCUUGAUCUUGUGGCGGGAUCAUUUGCUGGAGGAACUGCAGUGCUGUUUACUUAUCCUCUUGAUUUAGUCCGGACUAAGUUGGCAUACCAGGUUGUUGGAUCAUCAAAGUUAAAUCUUGAAGGGCUAGGUCAUAACGAACAAGUAUACAAAGGAAUUUUGGAUUGCUUUUCCAAGACCUCUAAAGAGGCUGGGAUAAGAGGCCUUUACCGUGGCGUGGCUCCAUCACUCUAUGGAAUCUUUCCUUAUGCUGGUUUGAAAUUCUACUUCUACGAGGAAAUGAAAAGCCAUGUCCCAGAAGAACACAAGAAAGGUAUAGCCGUGAAACUUGCAUGUGGAUCUGUAGCAGGCUUACUGGGUCAGACUUUUACAUACCCUCUCGAUGUUGUUAGGCGGCAAAUGCAGGUUGAACGACUCAUGGCAUCUAACAGUGAUGAUUUGAAAGGAACAAUGGAGAGCCUUGUGUUGAUUGUCCAAAGGCAAGGAUGGAAACAAUUAUUUUCAGGGCUCAGCAUAAACUACCUAAAGGUGGUACCAUCAGUUGCAAUUGGGUUUACUGUAUAUGAUGUUAUGAAAUCGUUCCUGAGAGUCCCCGCACGUGAUGAAGGUAUAAUGCAGGUGGCAACCAACCAAAGGCAUAGCCAACCAUCAUCCCUGCACUCAUAACAACUUCAUUUUUAAUCACCCUCACUACAAUUUUCGCCCCAUUUUUGAUGGAUGAGGCAUUGCCUUCUCCAUUACUAUUGAAAGAGGAGAUGCUCGACAUCAUUUACGUACCUAUUCUUCUUUAACAUUCAUUCGAGUCAAGACAACAUUCUUCU